CACGGGUGCCCGGGCCAAGGCCCAGGACCCGGACAGCGACCAUGUGUGCGGCCCGGCCUCCAGCUCCGGGGAGGACGACGACGAGGACCGCGUCUGCGGCUUCUGCCCGCGCAUUGCGGGGCACGGGCGCGAGAUGGAGGAGCUGGUGAACGUCGAGCGGGUGUGUGUGCGGGGCGGCCUCUACGAGGUGGAUGUGAACCAAGGAGAAUGCUACCCGGUGUACUGGAACCAGGCCGAUAAAAUACCAGUAAUGCGUGGACAGUGGUUUAUUGAUGGUACUUGGCAGCCGCUAGAAGAAGAAGAAAGUAAUAAAAUUGAGCAGGAACAUCUUAGCUGUUUUAGAGGUCAGCAGAUGCAGGAAAAUUUUGAUAUUGAAGUGUCAAAACCCAUAGAUGGAAAAGAUGGCAGUGGGAUCAACUAUUCUGUUGUCUACCACCUCCCUCCCUUCUCCCUCCCUUCUCUGUUCAAAUGGAGAGGAUUUAAGGAGAGUACAGAUGCAGCAGGUCUUAAACGAAAGCGUUCCCAAGCUAUUCAUAGUUUCAAGUUGAGUCGAAACCAUGUGGACUGGCACAGUGUGGAUGAAGUAUAUCUUUAUAGUGAUGCAACAACAUCUAAAAUUGCAAGAACAGUUACUCAAAAACUGGGAUUUUCUAAAGCAUCAAGUAGUGGGACCAGACUUCAUAGAGGUUAUGUAGAAGAAGCCACAUUAGAAGACAAGCCAUCGCAGACUACCCAUAUUGUAUUUGUUGUGCAUGGCAUCGGGCAGAAAAUGGACCAAGGAAGAAUUAUCAAAAAUACAGCCAUGAUGAGGGAGGCUGCAAGAAAAAUAGAAGAAAGGCAUUUUUCCAACCAUGCAACACAUGUUGAAUUUCUGCCUGUUGAGUGGCGGUCAAAACUUACUCUGGAUGGAGACACUGUUGAUUCCAUUACUCCAGACAAAGUACGAGGUUUAAGGGAUAUGUUAAACAGCAGUGCAAUGGACAUAAUGUAUUAUACUAGCCCACUUUAUAGAGAUGAACUAGUUAAAGGCCUUCAGCAAGAGCUGAACCGACUGUAUUCCCUUUUCUGUUCUCGGAAUCCGGACUUUGAAGAAAAAGGGGGUAAAGUCUCAAUAGUGUCACAUUCCUUGGGAUGUGUCAUCACUUAUGACAUAAUGACUGGCUGGAAUCCAGUUCGACUCUAUGAACAAUUGCUGCAGAAGGAAGAAGAGUUGCCUGAUGAGCGAUGGAUGAGCUAUGAAGAGCGACACCUUCUUGAUGAACUCUAUAUGACCAAACGACGGUUGAGAGAAAUAGAAGAACGGCUACAAGGAUUGAAGGCAUCGUCUAUGACACAAACACCUGCCUUAAAAUUUAAGGUUGAAAAUUUCUUCUGUAUGGGAUCCCCACUAGCAGUUUUUUUGGCAUUGCGUGGCAUCCGCCCAGGAAACACUGGAAGUCAAGACCAUAUUUUGCCUAGAGAGAUCUGUAACCGAUUACUAAACAUUUUUCAUCCAACAGAUCCGGUGGCUUAUAGACUAGAACCGUUAAUACUGAAACACUACAGCAACAUUUCACCUGUGCAGAUCCACUGGUAUAAUACUUCCAAUCCUCUACCUUAUGAGUCCAUGAAGCCAAACUAUCUUCACCCAGCAAAAGACCCUACCUCAGUUACAGAGAAUGAAGGCAUUUCAACAAUACCAAGCCCUGUGACUUCGCCAGUCCUGUCCCGCCGACACUAUGGGGAAUCUAUAACAAACAUAGGCAAAGCAAGUAUAUUAGGGGCUGCGAGCAUUGGAAAGGGACUUGGAGGAAUGUUGUUCUCAAGAUUUGGACGGUCAUCUGCAUCACAGCCAUCUGAGAUUUCAAGAGACACUAUAGAAGACGAGAAGAAGCCGAUUGCCUCACCUCCUACGACCACUGUGGCAACGCAGACCCUCCCACAUAGCAGUUCUGGCUUUCUUGACUCUGCAUUGGAACUGGAUCACAGAAUUGAUUUCGAGCUCAGAGAAGGCCUUGUGGAGAGCCGCUACUGGUCAGCCGUCACGUCGCAUACUGCCUAUUGGUCGUCCUUGGAUGUUGCCCUCUUUCUUUUAACCUUCAUGUACAAACACGAGCAUGAUAAUAAUGCAAAACCCAAUUUAGAUCCAAUCUGAACUCUUGAAGGACGUUAAUGGCCCAAAGCUGAUUUUUUUUCUGUUAAAAUAUGUGUGUCAAGAUAUGGAUGUUUCAGGUUUAAGUAUGUUUCAGUUUUGUUUAGGGCAAGAAAUAUUUGAAUUUAAAAGCACUUUAUUUUUUUUUUAAAAAAACAUAUGUUAAGUCUAAAGUAAGUAAUUUACAAUUUUCAUCAUUUUAAUUAUGAGUCUGACAAAGCCCCCUGCAGAGAAUCAAGCAAGACCUGGAAGUAAGGAUGGUUUGGGUGGACUGCAAAGUUGUAAAUCACAGUCUCACUUCUCCCAAAUAUAAAGGCAUCUUAAUGGGUUGAAUCUAACGUGUUAACCAAAAUAUGUUCUAAAUCUAAAAUGGUGAAGGUCCAGGGUAUUCCGUGUAAAGAUCACGAGGUGGUAUCAUUGUUUUAGAUUUUUAUGAAAGCUUCCAUUUCCACAGUUCCUUUGAAACUUGAGUAUAAGAGAUUUAAAAUGUCUUGAAUUAAACUUGUUUAGAAAAACUAAUGCUAGAAAAGAAACAACAUUUGAACUACUGUAUUUAUAAUUUAUUACCUCGGACUAAUCACUUUAUGUCAAUGUAUGGAACAUGACAUUUUUUUAAAUGUU